GUAUAAAGCUAGGUUGCUUUGGUUACAGUAGGGCACCGUGCUUUCGCGAGCUGUUAGUCUGAACAUUGGUUUGACUUGCAUUUUCAUUCCGUGAGGCCUGUGGUGAAGUUUCGUUUUUGUAUUGCGUUUUGCAUCAUUCAGGAGAUUUUCAAUUUCUGUUGUUUGGAUCGAUUUGGCGGAGAUCAAUUCGUAAGCGGGAAAGCACAUGUUUUUCACAAGGAUCGGAGAAGUCAGUGAGAGUAAAACGGCCGAAUGAUUAUUUCUCAUCCGAGAGUAAACAGUCAUCCUAUGGUAUAACGAUGAUGGCUUCUGAGUGAAGAGUGACCGAGGAUGGCAACUCUGUCUUGAUAAGACCAACCAAAACAUUCGCUCGUGCACCUCACUGGAGUGUGGACGCGCUUUUUGCACGUGCAAUAUACUGUGUUUCGUGGUAGAUUGCAUUGAGGCAGCAUCCGAAUACUUCAACAGAACGAAGGCUUAGAGCUCCUCGCGGCGGUUCCGAAUCAGCACUCGCUCUUCAAUUGUUGUUAAAGGUGCACGUGUUUUUUCAGAUUGUCGUAAAUCGUUCGCUUUAUCGUUGGCAAAGUUUAACAAACUUUCAGUGAAGUACUACUACGCUGCAUGUCUGAACGUGCUUCUGUUGGUGAUCCGUUACAGUGAUGUGUGUGCAAAUCAUUUGAUGUUUCCUAACAGUACUAAAGCGUGCAAUUACCCAGUGAAGAGUUACGUUUCUGAAAUCGUUGAUUGCCGGAAUGACACCUAAUAAGGGUCAUCAAAUUAUUGCGCUGAUAAGACCGUGAAGCGGUGCUAAGUGGAAGUUGUACUUGUGUUGCAAAUUUUGUAUUCUUCACAGGCAGCAUUUACAAGCCUGUAUAGCUGCUACGAAUGGUGCGGGAUUAUCGACAGAGUUUGAUAGCCGACAAAGAAACGUUGGCUUUUGAUAAGAGAAGUGUUGCAGCCGAGAGUAUAUCGGACGAUGAUUGUGCACCAAUAGGGCUGAUAUAAAUUGUUUACAUGAUCAUAUUUAUUACGAAACAAAAUUCGACGGCUGGGAACCGCCAUCCUUAAGAUUCUACACCAACAGCUGCAUGGAAGUCAUACCGAAGCAUACCAACAUGUGGAGUACAAUCGUUCCAGAAAUUUCCUUCAGCUUCUAGAUUAUCGGAAGUACCUAUCACCGCUCACCUGUAAAUAGAUUUUCUUUCUUCCAUUCGAACGGAAACAGGAAAGAGACAUAGUUACGGUCACAUAAACAUCCUGGUCGCUUUAUCGGAAUCAUCCAGAAGGAACGACGAAGUAAAGGAAACAAUAUUCAAGAGUGCAAAAUUGAGAUAGCUUAAUAUUCGAUAGAGAUUUAUUAUUGUUUAACGAACUCGAAAUUGCGAGGAUAUACGACAAAUGAAGAACGAAUUGAGGAUAAUUUAAGGAAGAAACGGUAAUUGAAUAGUGAUCUAUUUCCAGAGCAAUAAUCAGGACACCGAAAUGGAAGCUCUCGUAACGUGAAAAUAAAUCAAUUUUGAUUCUGAAGCAGGAAAUAAUCAACGAGUGAACGAUUUUGCAACAGUCCCAUUCCGCAUAGCAAGGCAGUAGAGUAAAAAAUGACAAUAACGAUAGUACCUUAUAGUAAAUAGAGUCUACCCUAGUCGAAACGAUCUAUUCAAUUCUUAUUUAAAGGAAAACUCCUCGGACUAGACAAAAUAAAAAUCUAUUUUCAACAAUAAAAAAAACUGUGCAGAAGCUCUCAUCAGCAGCUCUCGGUCUGAAGAAAAAAAAACUAAACUAAACUCGUUCAUCUUUUACGACACCUAUUCACAAUGGACCUAAAACACUCGAAUGUACCGGAAGUGACGGUGGUGGCGGACGCGUACAUGCCCGGCAGCAAAUCCUCCGAUUUGAUAAAGCCAUCCACCAACGGCUCUAGCGCCACACUAGAUAAACCCAGUGUUCCACCUGGUGAAUUUAAGGUAUACAAACGGCGAUGGUUGGUGCUAGCAAUAUUCGUUAUGUAUUCCGCCUCCAAUGCACUUCAAUGGAUUCAAUAUAGUAUUAUUGCGAACAUAAUUCAACGCUACUACGAUAUUACCAGUACAUGGGUUGACUGGACUUCGAUGAUUUUCAUGAUCCUCUACAUACCCCUCAUCUUCCCGGCAAGUUGGAUUCUGGAUAAAAUGGGACUACGAAUCGCAGCCAUCAGUGGAGUGCUCGGAACCUGUUUAGGUGCCUGGAUAAAAUGCUUUUCCGUGCAACCCGACCUGUUUUGGGUUGGCUUCAUAGGUCAAUCGGUUGUGGCCGCCUCGCAAGUGUUUAUCCUCUCACUACCGGCUAAAGUGGCCGCCGUGUGGUUCGGUCCAGAUCAAGUUUCAUCGGCAUGCAGUAUCGGUGUGUUUGGCAAUCAGCUUGGUAUUGCUGUUGGUUUUUUGUUACCGCCAAUGUUAGUUGAAAACCACGAAGACCUAGAUCUAGUAGGCGACGACCUCAAGCUGAUGUUCUACUUGGUGGCUGGAUUCACCUCUGUCCUCGUAAUGUUGGUAUUAGUAUUUUUCAAAGCCGCACCACCGACGCCUCCAUCAGCAGCCCAGGAAGCAACGAAAACGUCAAAUCCGCUCCAGUCGUCACCGUUUUUGCAUUCCAUCAAGCGACUGAUGCUGAACCGAAACUACGUGCUUUUGCUCAUAUCGUACGGAAUGAACGUAGGUGUGUUCUACGCCAUCUCAACCCUUCUCAAUCAGAUUGUCUUGUUUCACUAUCCAGGCCAUGAGGUGGAUGCUGGUCGCAUUGGCGUCUGUAUCGUUUUUGCUGGGAUGCUUGGAUCUGUUGCAUGCGGUGUGGUCCUUGAUAAGACUCAUCGAUUCAAAGAAACUACGCUGGCCGUAUACAUAUUUACUAUGAUUGGAAUGUGGAUCUACACAUUCACUUUAUCCACCGGGCACAUUGCCGUAGUUUAUGUUACUUCAUCGUUGCUGGGUUUUUUCAUGACGGGUUAUCUUCCCGUCGGAUUCGAGUUUGCUGCCGAGUUAACCUAUCCGGAACCGGAGGGCACUUCCACCGGUCUGUUGAAUGCGGCCGCCCAGGUAUUCGGAAUUGCAUUCACUAUGGUAUACUCGGAGAUCCUCAACAGUAGCGGAGACAUCGUGGCAAACGUCACGAUGGCGGUGAUGUUGUUCGUUGGUUCGGCGGUAACCGCAAUCAUUCGAUCUGAUCUUCGUCGCCAGGCGGCACACAAUCCCAACGCUUAAAGUGAGCAAUAGCGCUGUUCGGUGGACAGUGUCCAGUACUAUUAAAGUAAAACAUUUUAAAGAGCGAUAAAACGUCGGUUGUUGUAUUUUUCAUGCGCAUAGUAGUUGUUGUUAGUUAUAUAGAGAAUUAUAAUCUAAUUUAUAUUUGAGAUAAAAUAUUAUACAACAAUGAAAAAGCCACUGCAGGUCUUGGCUGUUCACUUGAGUAAUCACCAAGUAACAAUUAUUUAGAAAACUUAAGAUUAAGAUUAGAACGCGUUUAUCCGUACAAGAAUAGUUUGGAUCUUGUAUUAUGUAUGGAUUGAAAUUCAUUGCGUUUUCCUUCAAUACCAAACUGCAAUAAAAAAAAUGACCGUAAAAUUCGCUCAUAAAUGUAUUGCUGGUGCUAUUCAGAUAAAGCUUUUUUUAAGUCAAUUGGACUUUUCAGCAGGUCUGGUCGGAGUGAAAAUAAGAUAUGCGAUUGAAAAGAAAAUCAAUUUAUGUUUUUAUAAUACGCUCCUCGAAAAUGGAAUGAUUUAUGUAUUUAUUACUAUUUAAAGCUCUUCAGUAUUACAUUUAAAACCGGGUAACAAUUGAAACAGAAAUAGAAAUAAUCAAAUUAGAUUUAAAUUCAGUUACUUUUUACUUUUUCGGCCGCUUUUAACUACAACGGUAUUUGCAACCUCAAUUAAUGCGACCAACUCAUAGCCAACUUGAUUAUGUUUACUGCUACAGUUAAACUCAGUUGAAGUGAAGUGAUGAAUAUUUUUUUUAUAGAUCUUUUCUCAACACCAAUAACACACAACACACAAGAAACGAUGAAAUCAGAGAUUUAAGUCAUUCAACUUAUAGGAAAAUCCUAAAUUUGUCAAAAAUUCUAAUCUGUUGUACCGAAAUUAAUCGUUACAGAAUCCACACAAAUGAUCAGUAAAUAUGUAUGAAAAGACUCCAUGGAUUUCAUCAUUGAGACUAACUUUUCCAUACAUAUUUGAGCACAAAAAAAAUUGUUUCGGAGAACCACAGACUUUGCUUUCCAUUUUCCCCUAUCCAGUAACCGUUCUAUCUAAACAAAAUGAUAAUAAACAUGAUUGUUUCAAAAUUAAUCACAAAAUGUUAUUAACAAUCAUCGCGUUCAGAUUAGCCUACAAAAUGAAUAUAAUAACAAACAAAAUAAAAGCUGAAAAUGUAUCUUUUGGCCUCAGUCUCCCCUUCAUAUACGUUUCGAGCCGUUGCUCAGUGCUUCAAUCAUCUCAAAACAUAAUAAGUUACGGAUAAGUCCGCUUCUUAUGAUACAAUCAAAGUUGUCAUUAAUCCAAAAUUUAAUUCAAAAUGUAUUCGGGAUAUGAAGCAUUGUUUUUGGAGGCCCCCAAAAUCAAGCUUUUCCACACUACUAGAAAAUAUGAGAAUUACACAUGACGUAAACCCAAGCUUGCUUCAUUUAGAAUUGGAACAAACUUUUGCUCAUAUUGUGGCGCUCCUGGUGGACGGAUUUGGAAGCUCUUGGCGCCCACGUGUCGGGAAUUUUGUCAGCUUCACGUAUGAUUUUUGACAUUCCGAAAAUCGACUGUACUUUGUAAACAAUCAACAUGGAAGCCGAAAGAAGGAAAAAAAAUUGUGCACAGUUAUUUGGAAAAUCCAUUGUGGUCUGCAUCUAGGCUAGCUAAACAGCUGAAAUUGCCCAGAAAUACCGUAUGGCGCGUUAUCAAACGGUAUAAGGAAACAUUGAUGACGAUUCGGAAGCCUCAAGCCGAUCGUCGGAGUCGAACUGACGACCGGAAAUUGCGUGGUAAGAUUUUGAAGACGAUUAAGAUGAAUCCUAAUCUGUCGGACCGUGAUUUGGCCAGAAAAUUCGGUGCUGCCCAUAGUACCGUGAGGAGAACUCGACUCCGGGAAGGAAUCAGGUCGUAUCGAGCUAGCAAACAGCCAAAUCGGACCAUGAAACAGAAUAGUGUGGUCAAAAUUCGUGCUCGGAAACUAUAUGACCAGGUGCUGACCAAGUUCAACGGGUGUCUUCUGAUGGACGAUGAAACCUGUGUCAAGGCUGACUUCGGUCAAAUCCCAGGUCAAAAAUUUUACUUAUCAACGGCUCGGGGGGAUGUUCCAGCCAAAUUUAAAUUUGUUUUUGCCGACAAAUUUGCAAGAAAAUUUAUGAUUUGGCCGGGCAUUUGCAGCUGCGGCAAAAAAACGAAAGUUUUCGUUACAAAUAAGACAAUGACAUCGGAACUAUACCAAAAAGAGUGUCUCCAAAAACGAAUUUUGCCGUUCAUUCGAUCCCACGACCAUCCUGUAAUGUUUUGGCCAGAUUUGGCAAGCUGUCAUUACAGCAAAGCCGUUUAAGAAUGGUAUGCAGAGAAAGUGGUCCAGUUUGUUCCGAAAAACCUUAACCCACUCAACUGCCCCCAGUUCCGCCCUAUUGAGAAAUACUGGGCAAUCAUGAAGAGGAGACUCAAGGCAAAGGGAAACGUUGUCAAAGACAUCAAUCAAAUGACGACCUGGUGGAAUAAGAUAGCUAAUGGCGUUUUCGUUUUUAAUUUGCACUACACCGGUGCAGUGCUACACUGAGGCAUGAAUAAACGAACAAAAAUGACGAAAACAUAAACAGUAACCAUUGACUACAAUAAACGAUUCCAUUGCACAGAGCUACACCAAACUUUUCAUGAGUGCUACACCAGUGGUAUCGGUGCAGAAAAAGUGUAGCACUGGUGUAGUGCAAUUGGUAAAAACGAACGGUUUAGGUGCAGCUUUCGCUACACCGGGUAGUGCAAUUUAAAAACGAAAACGACAUAAAACGAUGGACGAAGAAGGUGUGCGCCGCCUACUGAGCCGUGUUACAGGAAAAGUUCGAGAAUUCCUUCAAAACCGUGACGAAUAAUUUUAUCCGUAUUUUUUCUUAAAAGUAUGAAGAAAACGCUACAUUUGUAUAAAAAAAGAUCUUGAAUACAAUAAUAAAUAACUGAAAUACAGGCAAUUGUCUUUGUUCCAAUUCUAUUUGAAGCAAGCUUUAUUAUAUUUAUUGACACAUACAACUCAAUUGUCUGUUUCGAUGACAAAUUCAGGAAAAUGAGCUGUAAAUUCACUUCCGGUGAAACUCUCAACGGGUGAGCACGUUGCAUCGUGUUAGUCCGGAGAUAAUUCGAGUAUUUCGCAAGAAAGAAAGGAUUUUCAGCCGUACUUUGACGAUUCGACGCAGCCACACAGAGAGAUUUUCGCUUCUAGUCAAGUGAAAAGAAAGUCCAUUGGACUAUAAACGAAAACUAACUGGCAAUAUAGCCUUAGUUGCUGUGCCAUCAGUUCGGCGUCAUCUCAAGUGAGGUGACGCCAACCAAAAAAGAAGAAGAAGAAGAAAAAGAAGAGCUGUAAAUUUUUACAUGCUUUUGGUUGUAAAUUUAUGUGAAUUGAUAAUUUGCAUAACUUUUUUCAAUGAUUUUUUUUCUGGUGUUCUACAUUCAUCUUUUAAUUAUCAAAAUACACAUUUUUGUCGAAAAUGGCAUAUUUUUAUGUAUUAAAUAGAUGUAUUUUCUUGAAUAUACACAGCAAAUUUAUUGGUGACGUAAAUCCUCGUGUGACUCAAAUUAUAAGAACGUAAUUUGUAAAAUGAAUUUAACAAGAUUGAUUUAUAUAUGUGUCGAACAUACACUACUUUUAAAGUAGGUGUGUAAAUUUACAUGCUUCAUCACUUAAAAAUAUAUCAAAAUGCAUGAGAUAUGUGUUAGACCUACUGUAAAAAUGAAUCAUUUUUGACGCUCGUAUAUAUCGGUCUUAGAAGACGUAAAUUUACACGAUUUUUUUAGGUGUGUAUUUCAAUAUUUCACACUUAGAAAAAUGUACAUCUUUAUAGAUGCACAUAAAAGGAGCGUCGCGAUUUACUUACAUUCACAAUUCAAAGCAUGUAAAGAUAAGUCAUAUCAUGAACUUCACAGACCAUUUAGCUGAACCUUACUGAACAUAAAAAUAUUCUAUCUUCGACAAAAAAUUCUGAAAAUAGGAUAUAAUUGUGAAACAUCAGAAAAAUCUAAUCAAUCAUUGAACAAAUUUCAUUUUGGGAGUCUCCAAUAAACAAUGCUUCAUAUGUCGAAACAGUAAUUUAUGAACAGUUGUCUGGUGACUGUGAAUACGAACCAAACAAUGAUUUAUACAACGCAUAUAUUGUCUCACUGUAACUUUGGAAUUCUUCAACGUAACAGGCGUCGGAUUCGUAUUUCACUAGUUUGUACCUGUUUGUUUGAAUGGUUGUCAAGCUAAUGAAAAUUUCUGUUGAUUGUAAUGCUAUGGCAUACUAGAUCGUAACAACGGUAUCACAACGUAUUUUAUACUUCCAAUUGUUCAAACUUAAUUUAAUCAUUUUUUUGUAAUAAAUUAGUUUGAAUUUUCAAGAAAAAUAUCUAUUUUCGAUUUUAGGUAUUUUGUUUAUUAUUUUUCGAUAGAAUGAUGUAUGCGAUCAAAUUUUGUUGCAGAUGGCAUGUUGCUACGUUUUGCCGUUUAUUUGACUUUUUCGAUUUUUUGUUUUUUUUUGUAAUUUUAUGACAUCAGAAACCGUAUAAAAAUAAUUUUUAUCGAUCAGUCAUCUGUUGAAUAUUGACAUAAGAAGGUUGACUAGUUUUUUGUGGAUAAAAAAAAUCAUAACUUUUUUAAUGCACAUAUGCAUUAAAAUACCCUGUUGAGAAAAACUGUGCGCUAUAAUUUGCCUGAUAACUCUUCAGAAGACGAUUCUAUCGCAAAACUGCUCACAAAAAGUUGAAAACUAGUGAUAUUUUAAAGCCACAUUACUUUUACUCUAAAAAAAUUGAUGUAGCUUGUUCAAAUGAGAAAAUAGAAAAGUGGCCUUUUCAGCAAACAACAACAAUGAACAAAUGUUUGGUAAAAUGUAAUAUUGUUUUAUUCAAUUUCGAAAAUUAUAUUCCAGAUUUCAAUCUAAAUUUGGAACACCUUAGUGAUCUUUCACAUCGAAAGAUGCACCAGUUGGUUACAAACAACUAUUGGGAAGACACUAACUACAAAAAAAACGAAUAUUUCAUAGCGAAAAUAUUUUUGUCUCACUAAUUUCCCGUUUCGACUUACUGUGCACUGUGCGUCGGUCUAAUAAAUGUGCUAGUCAAAAAGUGUCAAAAUGGCACAUUUAAAUAGAAAUUAGUUUUAGAGACAAAAAUCAGUUUGAAACACUCUUACAAUACACGGAAUAGCGUAAUUAAUUUUAACAAAGUUCACAUCAUAGGUAAUGUGAAGAAAGCUUCUUCGAAUGAAAUUAGAUUCGAUUACCAACAUCGCUCACAAUGUUAGCAAAGGUUUUCUCGACCACUUACCGAUCAAUAAUUUUUAGGUCUUAUUACACUUAAGUUUACAGCCCGAGGAAUCAGUACACGUAACAUGCAACCGUUUUGUUGAUGGCUACUGAGCAAAGAUUUGCAUAAUUCAGAUUGUGAUAUUUGUUUUCAAUACAAUAAUUUCGAACACGGAAAGUCGUUACAUAUAGAUAUAAUGCAACAUUACAAAUUAUAGAUAUUAACGUCAUCCGACAUAGAAUAUAGUUUGUAGCUGUGAUAAACUGUUGUUGUAGAAUAAAGCACCAUAGAAAAAAAACUUGCAAAACACAAAAACCAAAAAUACCCAAAAUAAAUGGAAACUAGAUUUGUGAUGCUUGUGUGAUUACAACAAAGAGAUGACAGUGCUAAUUAAUAGGGCUCAGUAAUUCACUUUAACACGCUUGGUAGCUAGCAUUAACAUCUGUCGCCUAAACUAUGGUAGUAGAAUAUCAGACAAUAAAAUGCCAAAAAUAGUCAAAAUCAUGCCAAAUUCCAAUCGGACACCUGACCGAACAUGUUACCACCAAACCAAACAAGUUGAUGUGAAGCAAAUUUAUGUAAGAACGGCACACAUUUGGCAGAGAAUGUUCCCCAGUGAAGUCAAUUGAACCACGGUUGUUGAAAUUUGAAUUUUAACUAUUAUUAUGAUUUCAAAAACACAGCUGUUUAUAGCUGAUAUUACAAUCAAAUGACGAAAACACAAUUAAGGUUAAUGAAGCCCCAAGUUACCUCUGUUUAUUUCUAAAUUCGUGCAUUAACUUCUCAUUUUUAGAGGAGUAAUAAAAAAAAUAGAAGAGAAAAGUUCAAAUUGUUUUCCGAGAAGCGCCGCCAACCGCCGAUCAAAGUCGCCUAGAUUUAUGCUAACAAAUUGUUGCACGAAAUGCACGGUGUGGCUUCGGUAGAGAAAUUAUCUAAAAAAAAAAAAACAAAAAUACAAAACACAUUCGUACGAAAUAACUUAACCCAUUGACAAUACACAAAAUACCUUUAGAGAAUAUCAAUAAAAAUAUAUAUACACAUAUACUAAACAAGCCCUUAGAAAUUCAGAGUAGAAAAUAUAUUGGAACCCUCAACCGCACUCGUUAACAGUAGCAUAUUUUAGAGUUUUAAUAUUGCAUUUUCAAUCGGUGGAUAACAAAUCAGAUCCGGCGGCUGGAUUUGAUUCCAAUGAACGAUGCAAUUUUGAAAGACAGUAUUUUAGGUUAUGCAAACCAGAACAGAGAGUAGUUUAUAAAACGAAGCGUUUGAAAUCGAAUGACAAUAAACUGAAACAGCUAUUUAUAUCCAGGACACUUAAUCUAUGAAUGUAUGACCUACAAUACCAAACCAAAGAAUAUUUAAAGGAGCACUCAUCCACUAAGGCAGCAUCACUGUCGAUAAUUGGAAUUAGAUACCGAUUUCUGGUGCAGUCAAUCGUUUACACUACGACUAAUCGAAUGUUAGCUAUGGCUAUAUAAUCAUUCAAUAGUACCUAUGCCAUGUUAGUACUACAUAUGUGUCAAAUUAUUGCCAACAUUCAUUCUAAUCACUAUUUAAACAAGCAGAAAUAACGCAAUUUUAUCCUCAAUCUUCGAUUGAUAACAAGAAAGGAAAGAUUUUAUCGAAAAUGUAUAAAAUAAUUACCUGAA